UUUCCGAUGGUAAUGCCCAAUAUGGUGGUGUUGUUUUUAUCUUAAGGUUUGUUUUCGUUGGAAAAAGAGCGUGAUACAUUUCUCUCAUUUGCAACUCGGUUGGAUGGUCGGUCAGAGAAUGAAUACCGUCAAGCCAAACACAGGAAGUGAGCUCAACAUCAGUGAUGUUCUUGCUGUUAUAGAAGGGGAUCCAGAUUACACUGGCCAAGCACAACUUAGUAAAGACCAACAUUCAGCUAAAAGUGUAGACAAGGCUGAAACCAAAACAGAAAUCCCCAGCUACACAAUGAAUAUGGCAGAUGCUAGUGUAGAUGCAAAGCAGAAAGCUCAAGUUAAAAUCCUUGAACAACCUGCUUCCAAGGCCUUAAGGUUCAGAUACGAGUGUGAGGGAAGAUCAGCUGGCAGUUUACCUGGAGCAAAUAGCACAACAGAAAAUAAAACAUACCCAACGAUUCAGGUGUUGGGUUACAAAGGUAAAGCUGUUGUAGUAGUUUCAUGUGUGACAAAAGAUUUUCCCUACAAACCUCACCCCCAUAGUUUAGUGGGUAAAGAGGGAUGCAAGAAAGGAGUAUGCACUUUGGAAAUCAACAAUGAAAAUAUGAUUUGCACAUUUUCUAAUUUGGGUGUUCAAUGUGUAAAAAAGAAAGGAAUCGAAGAAGCUUUGAAGUUACGGGAAGAGAUCCGCGUGGACCCGUUUCACACUGGAUUUGCACAUAAAAAUCAACCACAGAGCAUUGAUUUAAAUGCAGUUCGGUUAUGCUUCCAAGUAUUUCUUGAAGGUCAAAAAGGAAAGUUUACUCUUGCCCUUAAACCGGUGGUCUCAGAAGCAAUAUAUGAUAAAAAGGCAAUGUGCGAGUUAACAAUAUGCAAACUGAGUGACUGUUCUAGUCCGGUGAGCGGAGGCAAAGAAAUCAUUCUUUUGUGCGACAAGGUGACAAAGGAUGAUAUCCAAGUAGUCUUUUAUCACGAAGAGGAAGGACGCCUUAUAUGGGAAGGCAUUGGCGAUUUUUCUGCAUCCGAUGUCCACAAACAAGUUGCCAUCACUUUUCGAACUCCGCGCUACAGAGUCACUGAUGUGGAGGAACCUAUCAGUCUGUAUGUUCAACUGCGCAGACCAAGCGACGGGGCAUGUAGCGAAUCGCGACGCUUCGAGUACUUACCCUUGGAUUCAGGUAGCGUUGAUGCCGUUGUGCCCCCAUUCGAUAACAGCGCUCUCUUCGCAAGCAAGAGGUUCAAGCCUGAUUUCCCAUUGUAUACUCAUAUAUUGGCACUUGACGCUGCUGUUUUGGCCCGUCAAAUGUUCCGUGCUCCCGGCGAGUCGCGCCAAUAUUCAAAUGCUUCUGUCCAGUGCGAAUUGCUUAUAGAGCCAGAACCAAAGAUUCAGGAAAAAGAAAUGGAAUCCCAAUCAGAAGCGAAUGUCGAGGCAGUGGGCCAGAAACAGUUGGAAAAUUCAGUGGACUUAGCCCCGCUGAAGUCACAGGAGCAAGAGAAAGAACCACUAUCAGGCGUGAAUAAUGCCCCACCCCCUUUGCCUGAAAAAGGAGCCGGGUUCGCCAAAUUGAAAAGCAACCUUAUAAAAUCGGGUGAAAACCUUGAUUUUUCGAAACCAAAAUUACAAAAAGGUUGUGGGAAGGCUGUUAACUUUGAUCGUUCGUCUCUAUCCACAAUCACGUCGGAAUUCGACUCAGAUGGACGACUUUCUGUUGCCUCAUCAGAAGAUUUGAAUUCCCGACUUUCGGCUGCAUUUUCAGAUUAUUCAGAUUUGACGGACGUCCGAAGUAUUACAGGAGAAUCGGAAGUAGAUCUUAAUGAUUCACUUUCUUUGAUAUCUUCUAGUCAUACGCUAAAUGAUCGCCUAUCACAAAUAUCUGAUGCGUCUGAUAUUUCAAUCGCCUCUGAUCAAACUGUUAUCCGUGAAUCGAAAUCCGAGUCGGACAGUAUUAAUACCAUUGAGCAGCAGUUGGAGAUGCUGGAAUCGAUGAGUGUUGAUCCCGAUUGCCAAACUUACUCUAGUUUUCAGAUGGCUAUGAAACAUCCCUUUUUUGGCUGGCCACUUCGUCCCCAACAGGUUGAUCCUCCCUCAGAAGCUAUUUUUAAUGACCUAGUAUAUGAUGAUCCUUCAGACGACCCUAUUUUAAAACUUGAGACCCCGUUACCAGCAGUACCACCACGAGUUGAAUCGAAGACAAUGUCGACACCUCCUUUACCGCCGCGUCGCUUUAAAAAGCUUAAUCAGCCUUUACCCGAUCCUCCUACUAGAGACUUGGGUCUCAAGAGCGCAUUGCAGGCGCUCAAGCACACAUUCAAAAAAGCCAAACCGAUAUCAAAAAGUGAAGUAUCGCUCAACAGUUCGGCCUCGAUCCAUUCUAGUCAAAGAUCUAUUUACAAUAGUCAAGAGAACGUAAAGGAUGCCCAUAAAAAUGUUCAACAGCUUGACGAAUUAAGUUCUAAUCCCGAAUCCGCGCCAGUUGAAAAUGAAGUCGAAGCCCACGAUGAACAAGAGCCCGUUGAGCCGCAAGUGAUUGAAGCAACGGCUCCGGCUGUUGUUAUUGAAAAUGUCGAUACAUCGGAUAAUCUGACUGAAGCGGAAAACUAUGCAUUAUACAUGACACUGGCUCCGCUGGCCACAGCUUCCGAAUUCGACGAUAAUGAAACUCUUUCUAUGCUGUACGCAGAACUGCCUACCCGAGACGCCAUGCCAAUGCAAGGCGGGAAGUAAUCACUUUUUACGUCUUUCCGAUGAUCUUUUUUCGCAAUCGAAUACGAUUGUUCGAAGCUAUCUUAGACGUGCCUUAAUUUGCCUUCUGGAUGGAUGGUAGACAAAGCUAAGGUGCAGUUACUGCGUUUUGAAUAGCAAGCAACUUAAUUGUUACCCCUUUUCUUAUAAUUUUAAGAUGUUACCUUAACUCACUCAGUUAGUUUUAUGUCUAGUUAACGGCUUCGUGUAUUAGAAAUCUUCUAUUGCAGUGUUAUUUAACUCCCUGUACUGUCAACAUUGUAUCUCACCUUAUAUUCUUAUUGGCCUCGCAUCAGAUGCUGAGAUGCUUAAGCGGAAGCGACAGCGCUUGUUCGAAUCGAACUCCAGUCGUUUGAAGGACUUCCUCCUCGACAAUGUUUUAGAAAGUGAGUUCAUUCUAAUUUAUUUUAGCCUUUUUUUUUUGUUUUUUUUUAUCACGCA